CCCAAACAACCCCCUCAAUUUCCGGGAUCGAUCGUGUUUAACUCGGAAAGAAAACCUGUUCAUCGAUCAUCAAUCAAUCAAUCGCCAACCACCGGCAACCACAAUGCAACCAGGCGAUCACACCUCCACCACUCCGUAUCAUCGCAAUUACCCUCAAAACCCUAAACCUAAUCCCAUCACCACCGAUCACCACCAUCCUCCGGUAACUUACGCCUCCGCCAACACCACUACUUACCAUCCUCCAACCACCGAAUACUAUCCUCCUUACCCUCAACAGAAUCCCGAUCAUCUCUCUCCUACUGACCCUUCUUACGAUCCUCCCUCUCCAAACCCUAAUCCACAACCCCCAAUUCUCCCCAAAGUUGAAGCAUCGCAUACUCCGUAUCGAUCUCAACAGCCUUAUAAUCCACCUUAUGAUCAUCACCAGACGCAUCCCACUUACCCAUCUCCACCGGCGUCUUCGAUUCCUCAAAAUCGCAUCCCUUUGAGCCACAGUUCAAGCGUUCAGUACUCAUCGUCUCUGUAUAAUAAUGCACCUUCGGUUCCGAGUCAGGUCCAGGGUCCCGUAUAUGAGAGUCCAUACGAGACAGGUUAUGAUCGUAAUUACGGUAGGAGCUCAUCGGAUUUAAGGGUCGGGGGUGGGAGUGUUGAUUAUCAUGGGAAGCGACCGGAUGUGGGGAUGUCUAGGUUUGAAUCAAGCGGUGGGUAUGGUGAAGGUGUUAAUGAUAUACCAAUGGCUGAUACAAGGGAAGGUGUUAAGGGUGGGGUAAAGAAGUUCAGGGUGAAGUUGUUGGCUGAAAGUGGCAACCAGAUCACCAUGGAUGUUCUUUGCCAGAUUGGAUCGGAUGAUAUCCAAAUUCUUGAUCCAUCUACCAAUCAGACUUUGAGAAUAUAUCCUCUUGAUACAGUAACAAGAUGUGAAGUGUACGACUCAUCUACCUUUGCAUUUUGGUCGAAGAGUUCUUUAGACAUUGAGCCAAAGUGUAUAAGGAUGCAAUCCAAUAGUUACAUUACAAAAACAUUAUUGGACAUUUUUACAACAACCACUCAAGCAACCACCCAGAUGACAAACUCAAAUGUUUCCACACACCAAACUUUAUCCCUCCGUUCCAUCCUAGACAAAGAAAAACUGAGUGGUCUUAAUUUCCUCGAUUGGUUUAGAAAUAUGAGAAUUGUUCUCAGAAGCGAAAAGAAAGAUUAUAUCCUUGACGGACCAAUCCCAGAAGAACCACCACCCAAUGCUUCUAAGGCCAUAAAAGAUACCUGGGCGAAACAUAACGAUGAUUCGAAUGAGGUGGCUUGCAUCAUGCUUGCAUGUAUGGUACCUGAACUUCAAAAAACAUUUGAGUUUCAUACAGCGUUCGAUAUGAUCGAACAAUUGAAACUGAUGUUUCAAGUUCAGGCUAAGCAAGAGCGUUUUGCAACCAUGAACGAAUUCAUUGGUUGCAAAAUGACUGAAGGUUCUUCUGUGAGUGCACAUGUUCUCAAAAUGAAAGCUUACGUUGAGCAGCUUUCUCGCCUUGGAUUCUCUAUCCGUGAUGAGCUUGCAAUUGAUGUGAUCCUUGGCUCACUGCCUAAAUCGUUUAGUCAGUUCGUGUUGAAUUACAACAAGAACAAUUGGGAAAAAUCUAUCUCUGAAUUGCAUUCGAUGCUGAAAACUGUAGAGGCAAACAUGAAGAAAUCUAGACCUCAAGUUUUGAUGGUCCGUGAAGGGAAAAUCACAAAGAAUGUCAAAACCGGUAAUGUGAUCGGAAAGGGAAAAGCCUUUGAGAAAGGCAAAGAGAAGUUCAAGGUUAAAGGCAAGGCACCUACCUCUAAACCUAUAGCAAAAACAAAGCCUCAUGCAGACGCUGACUGUUUUCAUUGCAAUCAAAAGGGACACUGGAAACGCAAUUGUCCCCUUUACCUAGAGGAAAUUAAGAAGAACAAGGCCAACGCGAUUGGUACCUCAGGGAUUAAGGAAGAGAGUUGAGAUUUGACAAUUUGGAGUUGCAUGUAAGAAUUAGAAAAUGGUGUUAAAUGACAUGCAUCUUAUUUUGAAUAGUUGUUAUUUAGCUAAUCUAACUAGAAACAUUCUCAGUUUUCUUUCUGGUUGUAUGUUUCCGUAUUUAAUUUGAUUUUUGUUAUGGAAAUUGAUGUGUAAUUUAUAUGCUUGCUAGGUUAUAAACUUGUAUA